AUGAUGCAUUUUGGUAAUAAAUCUAGAGAAUGCGAAAGUGAACUGGGGAUUAAUGCUGACAUGAAAAAUAAUAAUAAUAAGCUACUUGAUACAAUAAAAUAUAAUAUAGAUAAACUGGCAGCCAGUUCUUCAAAUAUCCUAAAAUUAAUUAAACAAUACGAUAAAAAGAUGACUGUGAUUAUGAGUAUUGGUUAUAAUUCACUUCAAUUGCUACUGACAUCUAGUGAAUUUGUGGAAACUGCAAACAACUGGCUUGUGAAUACACGCAACAACCUGAAACUAUUAAUACGUAAAAAUAGGGAAUUAAAAUUAAACAUUGCGGGCUGUAUUGAGAAAAUUCAUGAAACACAAACUAAGCAUGCUGCCAUCUGUGAAGAGAUUGAAUACUGGAAGUUUAUGUGUACGCUGAAUCAAAUGGAUUUGUAUGAGGUUAACUCGAUAUUUUAUGACAGACAACUGUGGAAUGAAUCUAGACAGUAUGAUUCCUACUGGAAUUCUGAAUAUGCUGGCACCUAUUCAAAUGAUAUGUACAGAAUAUUUCAUUGUAUUGAAACUAAUUCAAUUGAAGAUGCAUUGGACAUUGUGAAAUCAAUCGAAACACCAGACACUGAAGAUUUAUCUACACAUGCUACUUUGAUUGAAAAAGUAGCUAAGCGAUUUUAUGAAGAAGAAUUAUAUGCACACUGUUUAAAUUUAUUAAAUCAAGUAUUAAAAUAUCGGCGAACUGUUUACGGUGAUGAACAUCUGAUUAUUUCAACAACACUAGUCUGUCUAGCUUUAGCGUAUAAUGGUCUAGGUGAUCAUAUUAAAGCACCCGAAGUUGUUUAUGAAGCCUUGUCGAUAUUUGUUAAACAGCAGAUAAAUAAUCCCAAAAUGAAGUCAACCUUAGCACGACAAUACUACUUUAUUGGUCAAAUGUUUGUCAAAUGGAGUUUUCCUAAAGAAGGCGUUAAACUGAUGCAGUUGGCCGUUAAUAUCUUGAACUGCCUUCUGCCCAAAGAGGAGAAUCAAUGGCUUGACAUUGUUAUACAUAUAUCACGGAUAUGCAAUGACAAUGGGUAUCCUGACGAUGCUAUGGCUUUAAGCACUGAGAUUGUUGAUUACUUUAACGAAAAACAACACAGCCUGCAAUCAGAGCGUAGGCAUACAAUCUAUGAGAUAGCUUUUGCUCACCAACUGGCAAUGUGUAGUAAUCAGGCGAUAAAUUUGUCAGACUACCGCAUGCCUGAACCAGUUCAAAUGUCACUGAGGCAUAAAAAUGCACUACAAGAAAUUGUUAUAGCCUUUGCGGAUCGUUAUGAAUUUAAAGCAGCGCAAAUAGUUGAAAGCUACUUGAAUACUUGUUCGAAAUCGUUAUUAUGCCUAGGAGAUGUAAGCUCACCUACAUAUAAACAUUCAUUGUCUGUUAGUAGUAGUCCUAAAGCUAACAGACUUGCUCGGACUGUACAGCCCAAGUUAAUAAACACACUGAAGGGCAGUGAACCAGAAAAGAAAGGAAUUACGGUAUACGGAGGUUGUCGAAUAUGA